AUGAAAUGUGCGGUGAGCUCCUGUCGUCUAAAGGACUUCUGCCCGAGCACCACCAUCAAACAUAUCCAGUCAUUACAACCGCAAACCAUAUUCGGAGUUCGGUCGAUUGUCAACGAAACGUCCCCUUUCAGUCAACGAGACUCACUACGGGGAAUGGGGCCUUUGGCCCCAAGCCAGUUUUCGGACACACAGGCCCCAAGUAUUACUGUCAUCAGUAAUCCAUUACAGGUUGAUUUGAUGCCUGCUUGCUCUCCAGACGGGAAUGCGACACUGUAA